GAACCCGCAGCUGCUCACCGUGCGACUCGGGAAGCUUUCCCGAAAGCAGGUGAAAGGUGCCCUGGACUUGCUCAAAAGCUCCCGCUCCUUACAGCUGGAGCCCAACGUCUUUCACUUGACGGCUGCUGUCUCUGCCUGCGAGAAGUCCUCGAGAUGGAGUAUGGCGUUGGGCUUGAUUGUCUCCCUGGCCCCCUGGGAGGUACUCCCGAACGAGGUCACUUUCAGCUCCGGCAUCAGCGCCUGUGCCAAGAAAGGCCGCUGGGAGUCAGCUCUUCAUCUCUUCGAAGAGAUGCAUCGACGGCACCUUCGGAGGGACGAGUUCAGUGGCUCCGCUGCCAUCAACGCCUUCUCCCCGCAGGGCCGCUGGCCUCGGUCAUUGGGCCUUCUCAAGGCCCUACACGUGAUCUUCGUCCUUCCUUCCGAGAGGAGCUUCGCCUGCUGCAGCGCUGUCAUCACUGCCUGCGAGAAGGGGCGCAGCUGGAAGAUGGCGAGCCUUCUUUUUCAGGCAUCUCUGUCCUUCGAUGUAAUCGCAUACAGCGCAGUCAUCUCAGCCGGCUCGAAAGGCGAUCGCUGGGAGCUCGUGCUGCGCUUGCUGGGAGGAAUGCUGUGGGCUGGUGUGAUGCCGAACGAAUUCACUGUGAAUGCGGCGGUCAGCAGCUGUGCCAAAGGCCGCUGGCAGCGGGCUUUAGCGCUGCCCAAGUGGCUGCCGGAGCUUCCAGUAGACCGGGUGGGCUACAACGCACAGAUCCGAAUCUGCGAGGAGGUGCAGCGAUGGCAGCUGAGCUUUUCCGUCUUGGGAGCGAUGAGGGCCAACGCCCUGGUUCCGGAUCUCAUUGGCCUCAGUGCCGCCAUGGCGGCUUGCGAGAGGACAGGCAAGUGGGAGCUUGGGAUCCAAAGCCUCGCCUCCAUGCAUGCACUGCGCAUGCAAAUCGACGAGCUCUGCUGGAGUUGUGCGAUGAGCGCGUGCGACAGCUCUGGGCGUUGGCAAGCUGUCUUGGCAUUGAUGGCGGAAGCUCGAAAGCAACGAUGCCUGGGUGACGCGAGGAUGCCGUCGCCUACGGCAUUGCGAUCCGCGCCUGCUGUACGGGUUUGCUAUGGCAGCAGGCUCUCAACAUGCUGUGCUUUGCAGAUGUGGAUCUCACAGGGGACAU